AUGAAAAUCACCAUAUUGACCAAAGGCUUCCGCUUCUCCAUGGACGUUGACCCUCAAGAACCCAUCCUCCAAAUUAAGCAAAAAAUCCAUGAUUUUCUCGGCAUCCCCAUAGACUCCCAAACCUUAACAAUCUUCGACUUGGAACUCAUCGACGGCCUCGAUUUAUCCGACUACCCUCCCAUCUCCGAUGGCACCACCGUCCACCUCACAACCACUACUAACCCCCAUUCUCUGACCCUAACAAUUUCGACGAAAAUCAAAAUCACGAUCAAAUUUCCAAGUAGAAAAGUCGAGAUCGAGGUCGAUCGAGCCGCUGACACUCUCCACACCCUCAAGGAGAAAAUCCACAUAGUCGACGGCACGCCAAUCAAGCGCAUGGCACUAUUCUUCAACGACAUGGAGAUGGAGGAGGGCGGUUCGACCUCUCGGUGCUUGAGCGACUACGGGAUACGAGAUGGCUCGGAGGUCGUGGCCCACACGAGGUCCGUUCGGGUGGCGGCUCCGGCGGCGGCAAGGAGGGUGGCGGUGGUGGUGCAGGCGGCGGCAAGCCUAAUGGGGGCGGCUCGAAUGCCGGUGGAGAUGAACGAGUGGUGCUGCGUGGAGGAGAUGCGGCGGGCGAUGGUGGAGAAGGGGAUGUUGCCGGAGGACGAGUACAUAUUCAUUCACAAGCAAAGGAUAAUGAACGGUGAGCGCAGUCUAAGGUGGCAUGGUGUGGAGAGUGGGGAUUUUGUGUAUGUGUUCAAGGGGAGUGUGAGUAGGGUUGGGGACUAG